AGAGACGAUGCUCUCCUUUUCUGUACUUUCUGUACUUUUCUGAACCUUCUUUCAAUGAGUCUGAUAUCUUCUAUUUAUAGUGAUGUACGUUUUGUCUUCUAGCGAAAUCAUCAAUUGUUGCUUAAUGGGCCGAGGUAUAGCUACCUUGCUAUCACAAUUCAAAAAUAGAUUAUCUUACAAUAAGAUGGUCUGUUUAACACGCACAGUUAAAAAUAAUUUGGAGGUCAAAGAUGGAUAAACAUCUCAUUUUGUUACUUACUGAUUAAAAAUAGCUAAGACUGUUUAUUGAGGCUGUCCUAGUUAAUUUGAUCAUGUUAUUUUAAAGCAACACAGCUUACAAGCGCGAAAAUAAACAAGAGAACACCUGGACACUAUAUUUAGCCCUAAUCUCUGCUUAUUAUAGAGAUAUUUAUGGGAUUUGGAUAAACCAUUUGACCGGUCUUCUUAGUUCUCGCUUUGAUUUGAGAAAACAAAGAAUUUUCAUUGAUAAAAUUUGCUCCAAAAUGGAUGCGCAAGAGGCAACUUGGCAUAGAGAGAUGUGGAACGGCCAGGUGAAAAGAACAGACAUGGGGACUAAAAUGUUUUGCGAAAUAUCUCCACAUAUAAUGUUGAACUCACACGGCGCCUGGGAGAAGUUGGAUUCUGGGCCUACAGCAAUGUCAUUCUGGGAGUACCCUCUUCCCAGAAUAGAGAUUGCAAUUCUCUCCACAUUCCUAUCAUGGCGUUUCUUUGAUGUCUUGUUCAAGAAGUUAGGUGUUCCUAUUCCAAGGUUCACCUCCAUGAUGCUUGUUGGUGCACUCUUAAGCGAGACGUUUCAGUCGAGUAAAAUGUCAUGGUUUCGACAUAUCUUUGUCUGUGACAUUUAUAUGCCAAGGGUUGCUGAGACCAUUGGUACGUUUGCCUUUGUCCUAAACUGGUUCCUAAGAGGCGUGACUACGAAUAUUGGCAUGGUAAAAAAUUUCAGAACUAGGAGUAUUGUAAUUGGAGUCGCGGCAAUGAUAAUCCCAUGGUAUAUCGGAAAGCUAGUCUAUACCUACAGAGAGAAAUCUAGUGACCUAACGAUGACGAAUAUAGAAUAUUCUGUAAUUAUAUUAACCACGAGUAUGGCUCCCUUCACUUGCAUCAACAUGCUCCUCACAGACCUCAAGGUAGUUCACACUGAGUUCGGACAAAUCGCUCAGUCUUCGGCUAUGGUAACCGAUGUGCUUGCUUUUACCAUGACCAUAUCGUCUCAGAUUAGCCGUGACUAUUAUUCUGGUAUGCGGAUGGGAUUAGCUUUAAUGGUCUUCUUUGUUUCCCUGUACCUUGUACGACAAGCCAUGCUUUGGGUGGUCAGACAUACACCAGAGGGAGCACCUGUGAAGAAUAUCUAUAUCUACAUUGGUCUCCUGCUAGGUUACCUGGCUUAUAUUUUCUGGGACUACUUCUUGUUCUUCGGACCGCUUGGGGCCUUUGUUCUUGGUUUGGCUAUCCCAGAAGGGCCGCCUUUAGGAUCAGAGUUUAUAAGAAGAUUCGACAGUUUCAAUGAGGGCAUCUUCUUACCUCUCUUUGGAUCACUUACCAUGAUUAAACUAGAUUGGUCAUUUGUAAUAAAGGAGCUUGGAAGUGGAAGGCAUCUCCAUGGACAUACCUACGAGUGUCUUUCAUUCCUUUUCAUCAUAUAUAUGGCAAAAUUCACGACUUCUUUUUUAACAGCCAUAGCUUCAAGGAUGCCUUUGAGAGACUCAGCUAUCCUAGGUAUCAUUAUGGGCACCAAGAGUAGUUUUGAGUUGGCUUACGUACUCUACGCAUUCGAUAAAGAAAGAAUUAGCUUGGAGGUUUUCACGCUCAUGGGCAUAUACAUUCUCAUAAACUCUUUGUUAACGCCAAUGGCUAUACAUUUCUUGUAUGACCGGGAAAAGAGAUUUGCCUCGUAUGGAGAAAGAAGUCUCAAACAAAAGCCGGAACUACAAAUGGUGGUGUGCAUUAACAAGCCUGACAACAUAACAUCCAUGAUCAAUCUUCUAAGAGCUACUGCCCCAUCUAAAGAAUCCCCACUAAUGUGUUGUGUUCUUCACCUAAUAGAGCUUGUGGGUAAAGCUACUCCCACGUUUAUCUCCCACCAGCUUCAGAAACCAAAGCCUGGAAGCCAAUCUUACUCAGAAAAUGUCAUAAGCUCUUUCCAAAUGUUUCAAGAUAUUCACCUGGACUACACUUCUAUACACAUGUUCACCUCCUUAACUUCCACUAAAGAGAUGCAUGAACACAUUUGCUGGUUUGCUCUUGAUAAAAAUUCAAAUCUUAUACUACUCUCUUUUCACCGCAAUUGGGGACCCAGUGGUUAUGGCAUUAUCUCCGACGAUCAAACCCUAAGAAAUCUUAACCGCAGCGUCCUGAAACGAGCACCUUGCACUGUCGGAAUUCUUGUUCACCGGAAACCAAUAUGGCAACCCAAAUCCGUAGAAUCUCCAUGCAGGGUGUGCUUGGUUUCCGCGGGAGGGAACGAUGACAAAGAGGCAUUAGCAUUAGCAGAUCACAUGAGAGGUAACCCAAAAGUGAGUCUAACGGUGCUAACUCUGAUCCCUAUGUCUAUAGCCGAGGAGAGAAGCGGCGAGUGGAGCCAGAAUCAAAUGGUGGACACGUGCCUGGUUGAAGAGAGGCCUGGGGAUAAAUCGAUAACGUACAUUGUUAGAAUGGUGGCGGAAGGGGGAGAGACUUCAAAGAUUCUACACUCGGUGGCGUAUGACUAUGACAUGUUCAUAGUCGGGAGAAGUAGCGGGAAUGGUACCGAGGCCACCAAAGGACUAGGGGACUGGACUGAGUUCGAGGAACUUGGUAUCAUUGGAGAUUUGUUAGCAUCUGAAGAUUUUCCUUCUAGAGCAUCCGUCUUGGUCCUCCAGCAACAAGUAUCAUGAGAGUUAAUUAGUUUUCCUUAAUUUAGCUUCAGCCUUCUUUUUCCUUUCCUCCUUUCCUCCUUUCUUUGGUUUUGUUUGUUGAUUGUAAUGAAAAUAACACACAAACGCUCAAUUUUUUUAUUAUUUUUUCGUGAUGUAAAGAUUGAAUGUAUAUUUCAAGAUAGUUCAAACGAAAAAUGUUUUAAAAUUUUGAGAAAUUCAGAACAAUUCACUAGUGUUAAAAUAUAAUUUAUGAAUUAAUGCUAAAUAUUUAAAACUUGCUGUUACCAUCAAACAUUGAUUUACAGAUGAUAACAUGAUAAUUAAUUAAUUUUAAAUGGCUAAUAUAAAAGUUAUUUUAUCAAUUAAUAGUCCAAACAUAAUUAAAACCAAACUAGAAAGAGUUAGUUAAAAAAAAAAUCCCAAAUUAGUAUAAACAUAAAGGAAGAGAGUUCUCUCUCCUCUUCUCCGUUCUCUACUAUCAUCUUUCACGGAGAAGGAGAUGAGACUCUUGUUUUUGUUUAUGUAAAAUACUUCGAUCCAAGUGAUCGACUUUUUCUCUUUGCUAGGCGAAUCUCUUCUUCGUCUUGACGAAUUUUGUAUUCACUCGGUGAUUUUGUUGUGUUCAAUUGAAAAACAGAGCAGAUCUUCAAGAUGUUUCAUUAUCUCUGUAUUUUAGUUGAUUUAAUAAAGUAUCCGAUUAAUAUCGGAUUCAAUAGUUAAAGCUCUCCACCUUCUGAUUCGCUAUGGUUAUACUUGAUCUUGAGAUUGAAUUCUCUCUUGGUUAGAAACGCUUAGGCCUUGAUUUUGAAGUGGUAGCAAUCUUCGAUUCUGUGUUAAGACGAAGUAUCCAUGAUAGUCAAGGUUUGAGAUUUAGAUUUUGCUUUGGGAAUCAGGUGCAGAACGCAGAAGAGUUGGAGCUGCUUCAUCGGUGGUGUUCCGACAAAGUCCUGUUCUUGUUUCUCUGAAGCGUUUCUCUGAAGUUAACUUCUGGCGAUUUGAGAUGAAAACCUUUUGAUCAGCGGCGAUUGAGGGUAUUGAAGAGCGUGCAAGCAGAUUUCAACUGAACUGGAGGCGGAGAUCGAUGAGUUUUCCGGCAAAGGUUCCAGCACCGUUUUCUCUUUCUUUGGUUUAGCAGAGAAGAAGCCACGACAACAAGUAACAUGUCGUUCAUGCACUAAACCUAAUCUUUUGUUGUUGGGUUUCUUUUAGGCUUAAUUAAAAAUGCAAUUUGUGGGAUCUGUUUGUAUUUAUGCUGAUUGGGCUGAUGAAAAAAGAAAGUUGACCAAAAAAAGAGAAAAAAAAAGUAAAAACAUAAAGGUCUCCUUUUUUUUUGUCACUGAAUAUUUCAUUAAAAAAAUGAGAAGAAGAAUUGAGCCCAAAACCAUGGCCCAAAUCAAGAUAUCUGUUACAAA